UAGUUGAAAAAGACUCAGACAUCGGUUGAUUUAUAUGCGUCGUGUAAACUGAGCCUGGGCUAGAAUGCGCUUUUUUUACCCUGCAUCGGAUGUCAUCUUAAUCCCCUCCAGCAACCGGAAGCUCUAGAUAAAGCCGAGGUUGCGCCGGUUGCAAAGUGCGUCACAACACGGACCUGCGGAGAAUAAACCGAGCCUGCAGUCUCCUUCCCCCUCUCGCUGUGUUUGCACGGGAAACCCGCGCUGACGUCUCCGCUCCGGCAGCAUGGUGAAGAUCGCGUUUAACUCGGCUCUGGCGCAGAAGGCGCUGGGCAAAGAGGUGCCAGCCGCUGUGAAGGAUCCGGAGCAGGGAUCAGCUCCCUCGGGCAACGACGGCUCCACAGGUCGCUGUCUGCUCACCCUGCUGGGCAUCGCCUUCAUCCUCAGUGGGCUCAUCGUGGGGGGAGCGUGCCUCUACCGGUAUUUCACGCCAAAGAGGCUUUACCAUGGCGCCAUGCAGUUCAGUGACGUGUCGACAGGAGCUGGAGCAGAAAGCCAGCCAUACUACCUGCCACGGGUGGAGGAGGAGGUGGAGAUCUCUGACAGCAUGGCCGUCAUCAGCGUGCCCCCUCCACGCUUUAGGCCUGGGGACCCCGCCUACAUCCUGCAUGACUUCAACAGGAAGCUGACCGCCUACCUGGACCUGACCCUGAGGACCUGCUUCGUGAUCCCUCUGAACACCUCGGUGGUUCUCCCCCCUCAGGACCUUAUUGACCUGUUCUCACAGCUGAUGUCUGGUUCCUACCGCAGUUACCUCGUGCACGAGGACCUGGUGGUGACUGAGCGCAUUGACGACAUCAAGCCUCUGGGUUUCUACAUCCGCCGGCUGUGUGAUGGAAAGGAAACCUACAGAAUGCAGCGGCGCGCCAGUCUGCCAGGUGGAGGAAUCCAGAAGCGCUCAGCAGACGAAUGCUUCACCCUCCAUCACUUUGCAAACAAGUUUGUGACGGAGACCAGGAUCUGCAAGGCUUGAUGGGAAAGUGAGUGUAGGUCAGAGAGAGAGAGAGAGAGAGAGUCGGUGGAAGUAGGCAGUCGAGGGAACAACCUUCAGCAGAAAGUGACUUUUGUACAAAACUCGACCUGUAGUUUUUGCCUGCCCCGCUUUAACCCCAGUGACCCGGUGAAUUUUAGUUUCAGUAUAUUCUAGGCACCUCUCUCCUGACCUGCGUAGGUCACGGCUCAUGUAUUCACUAGCUAGUCACGUGCUGAUAACCAGUGUUAGCUCGGUAACUACGGAUAUAACUGCGUUUUAUUUGUUGGGUUGUUUUUGUUUUGCUGUUGUAGCUGUCGUUACUGCUGUUCCCGCGGGUGGUGGAGGAGUCGCACCCGACAGGAAGGCGCAGACGUGACAACUUUUGUGUUCUAGUGCAAUAUAGUAGAGGUCCUCAUGGAAGUACGUGGUUGUUGUGGUUCCUUUUGUGUGUUUGGAACCAGAGCGGCGCGCACGGAGGCGUCCGCCGUCCUGCUGUGUGAUAAUUUAUUGUGAAUCUUUAACAGUGCAGCGCUCGGUUUGUGUUCGUGUUUAGGUAGAAACUUCACGUGUGGCAGCAAACUCCGAGGGUCGAUGAGCUGAAUCUUAGAGGCAAAUUUCACGACCAAUUCUCAUUCUGACUUGCGUGGGGCUUGGUCUUCUAUAACAAACGGGAUCUGAGUCACUUUAGUGCAGCGCACGUUUGAAAAUGUCGCCGGAAAUAGAUGAUCAGCAUUCAUUUCGUUCAUGUGCUUAAAUUAUUGGUCUUGAUUUUGAACGCUUGAAUCAUGGAAAAAUGUUCUCUCUUUAUACCGCGUCCUUUUCGAUGGUUUCCCCCGAACGCCUGCACGGAGCGACAAUCAGACAGGAAGUGUGCUUGUAAAAAGGUUUCUGUCGCAGCUUUUUAACUGAACAUUAGAUGAUUAGACUAAAACCAUUGUUGUGUGCAGCUACUGAACUGAACUGAACUUUGUGGUUAAAUAAAGUUGCAUUUCUUUACAUACUGAA